AUGGCAUUCUCCAGAUUAUUUACCAAGUUAUUUGCUAUCCUUCUCAUUAGCAGCACUAUUUGCUCUAUUUAUAUAGCUGCUGAUGUAGUUAAAGGCAAAUGGUUUAAUCGAAUCGUUUUAAUUAUCUUUGAAAAUACGAAUGCAUCCGUAGCUUUCGCGGAUCCAUAUUUCCAAGGAAUAACGAAGAGGCAAGAUGGUGUCUAUCUUUCCCAGUUCUACGCUGUAGCACAUCCUAGUGAGCCUAACUAUGUUGCACAAAUUGCUGGCUCAACUUACGGAAUUUUUGAUGACAAUAAUUAUGACAUUAAUGCUACUACUCUCGUGGACCUCCUUGAAAAAAAAAAUAUUACAUGGAAGGGCUACAUGGAAAAUUAUCCUGAAAAAUGUUUCUUGAACGCAACUGUUGGUGCUUCCAGACUAUAUGCUAGGAAGCAUAAUCCCUUUUUCACUUUUACAACGAUUACAAAAGAUUCUAAGCGCUGUGCAAAGGUCGUUAACGGUAGUCGACUUGACGAUGAUAUUGCGAAUAAUCAAGACAAUUGGGCCCUCGGUUCUCUAAAUCGAAAUGAUUCAAAAGCAACUCCUUUUACCAAAUAUUUGGUAGAACUUAAAUGA